UUUUUGGAGGAUGCUGUGAGAUCAUCAAGUCUAAAGAGAGCUGGGCCACCCAACCUGCCUUCAGGCCAAGAGAUGGAGAACAACGGCAUGUACCUGCACACCUUCAGCGAGAGGGAGAAUGGAUCCAUCUUGGAAGAGCCCUUCGAUGAGAAGAACCUCUCGAAGAUGAACCUCUGCAAUGAAGGUCUUGACAGGAAGAGGAAAUCUUCAGGCAGCUGCAGCCAGCUUGGGUCUGUGGCCGCCCUGAAAUAUGCUGUGGUUGGACUAUAUCUGUUGGUCUUCCUGAUCCUUGUCGGUGUUUUCAUACUUGCAGUCUCCAGGCCCCAGAGCUCUCCCGAAGACCUCAAAGUCCUGAUGGGGAACGUCAACCAGCUGAACCAAACUUUCCGGGAGCUCCAGCUGAGGAUACUGCAGCAGCCCUUGAAGGUGGACUUCAUGGACCACGUCUGGCGCCUGCAGGACCUGCUCCAGAACCACUCUGAUUCCCUCCUGAGCAUGAGUGGCUCCCUCCAGAAGUUGGGUGGGGAGCUGGGGAGCUUGCGGGCCCAGGCGGCCCAGGCGGACAAGGCCAUCUCUGGCCUGCGGGACAGCCUGACACAGCAGGGGGACCUGGCCCAGGCGGAGGCCUACCGGCUCUCGGUGGAAGGCAACAGCAGCCGCCUCCUCCUGCGCCACCACCAGCUCCUCCUGGCCGAGAUGGCCUCCCGCAUGGAAGGCCUGCGUGACCAGCUGACCGACUUGGGCAGUGAAGUGGGUGGCCUGAACCGGACCCUGUCCUAUGACGUGGGCAUCCACCACACCCGCAUCCAGGAUCUGCAGGUCCUGAUCAGCAAUGCGACUGAAGAUGCGCGCCAGAUGCGCCGGGUCCACAUCGCCAUGGAGCACCAGCUGAAGCAUGAGUUGGCCAUUCUGAACAAUGUCACCGAGGACCUGCGGCUCAAGGACUGGGAGCACUCCAUCGCCCUAAGGGACAUCUCAGUGAUACGAGGGCCUCCUGGACCGAAAGGAGACCAAGGCAAUGAAGGGAUGGAGGGCGAACCUGGACUUCCAGGCUUACCUGGACUGCAAGGCACCCCUGGGGAAAGAGGGCCCGUCGGACCCCGCGGAGCCAAAGGGGACAGAGGGGACCUGGGCCCCCGAGGCAUGCCGGGCCCCCGAGGAGUCUCAGGGUCAAAGGGAGAGAAAGGUGACAAAGGAGACCAAGGAGGAGAAACAGGAGGGUUGACCUCUCCCUGCAGCGUCCGCCUCGUUGGAGGAUCUGGACCCCACGAAGGACGGGUGGAAGUCCUCCACGACCGCGUCUGGGGCACCAUCUGCGACGACGGCUGGGACACUAAAGACGGAAAUGUCGUGUGCCGGAUGCUGGGCUUCCGCGGGGCGGAGGAGGUUCACCGGAUGGCUGCCUUUGGUCAAGGGAAGGGGCGCAUUUGGAUGGACGACGUGGCUUGCAAAGGGACCGAAGAAUUCCUCUUCCAGUGCAGCUUCUCCAGCUGGGGGAAGACAAACUGUGGCCAUGCAGAGGAUGCCGGCGUGAAGUGCAUAAGUGAAGGGAGCGAGGGGCUAGCAGAGGACCUUCUUGGCCCAUAAAUCCAUCCUCCAGACUUCCAAAGGCUAGCCAUUCCUGGGAAGAAAGCUGGCCCUCUUGGCUUCCUUCUCGCCAGCCCCAUGGCUAUCCUCCAAAGGGUGCUAACUUCCCCUUUCGACCUCUCAGGACUUUCGAUAGAAGAGCAGCGAUGAUGGGGAAAGGGUCAGGGGUCACGCUCCCGACUUUCCUACUUUGUGCAAUUAACACUGCAUUUUCAAAAAAUCCUUUUAUGGGUUUUGCCCCCAAAAUAUCACUUUAUAUAUAACCCUUCUCCAAAAAUUAUCUGGAAAAUGUAGAUAGAAGUAGAUGUCCAGUCACUUUGGAGACUUGUUUUGCCCAACUUCCAGUCAAAAAGCUUUGAUAACAUGGAUCCAGAACACAGUAUGCCCAUGAUAUGGUUCAGUUAUGUGGAUGACACCUUCACCAUUUCAAGUCGUGGAGGAGAAGAACUCAACAAGUUCCUUGAGCACCUCAACAGCAUCUACCCAAACAUCCAAUUCACCAUGGAAAAGGAAAAUGAAGGGAAACUGCCAUUUCUAGAUGUCCUAGUCAUCCAAAAACCCAACC